AUGGCGCCUUACAACGAAGACGUGGAACUCAGCACGCUCAAGAUCAAGGAAGACUCCCUCACGCUGGGGAGCAGCUACAGCAUGCGGCGCGAGCCAAUCUACGACCCGUCCCCGGCGCCGGGCGUCUUCGCCCGCGUGCUCGAGUCCUUCCGCCGCGACCCGGGCCAGCACCCGCGGCCGAAGCACUCGUCCAUCGACAUGGAGGAAGCCGGUGGCGGCGAGGAGCGCGUCCUCAACGGCGUGCACUACUUUGACAUCCACCACGCGAACCUGCAGACCUCCAACUCGCUGCUGUCGAGGAAGCUCAAGGGCCGCCACCUGCAGAUGAUUGCCAUCGGCGGGUCCAUCGGCACGGGCCUGUUCGUGGCAUCGGGGACGGCGCUCGAGGUCGGCGGGCCGGCGUCGUUGCUGAUAGCGUUUUCGCUGGUCGGCGGCAUGCUGUACUGCACCUGUCAGGCGCUGGGAGAGCUGGCCGUUGCGUUCCCCGUUGCGGGUUCCUUUUCGGCGUAUUCGACGCGGUUCCUGGACCCCUCGUGGGGGUUUGCGAUGGGUUGGAACUACGCCUUACAAUGGCUCAUAGUGCUUCCCCUUGAGAUCAUAGCCGCCUCCAUAACGAUAACGUACUGGGACGGACGCAUCACCAAAGCGAUAUUCGUCACAAUCUUCUUGGUCGGCAUCAUAGCUAUCAACUUAUUCGGCGUAAAAGGAUAUGGCGAGGCCGAAUUCAUAUUUUCAAUCAUCAAAGUCAUCGCCGUGAUUGGCUUCAUCCUCCUCGGAAUCGUCCUCAACUGCGGCGGCACCCCAGAUUCGGGCUAUAUAGGCGGCCGCUACUGGCACGACCCGGGCGCGUUCCACAACGGCUUCAAAGGCCUCUGCAGCGUCUUCGUCACGGCGGCCUUCGCCUUCGCCGGCACCGAGCUCGUCGGCCUCGCGGCAGCCGAGACAGCCAACCCGCGCAAGUCCCUGCCGACGGCCAUCAAGCAGGUCUUCUGGCGCAUCACGCUCUUCUACGUCGUCGCCCUGACCCUCAUCGGCCUCCUGGUCCCGUACAACGAGAAGCGCCUGCUGGGCGCCACCUCCCCCGCGGACAUCACCACCUCGCCCUUCGUCAUCGCCAUCGAGAACGCAAAGAUCGACGUCCUCCCCUCCGUCAUGAACGCCGUCAUCCUCAUCGCCGUCCUCUCCGUCGGCAACUCCGCCGUCUUCGGCUCCUCGCGCACCCUCGCCGCCCUCGCGGACCAGCAGCAGGCGCCUCGCUUCCUCUCCUACGUCGACCGCAAGGGCCGCCCCCUGACCGCAAUCGGCGUCGCCUCCGCCGUCGGCCUCAUCGCCUACCUCGCCGACCUCGACGCCCAGGACGAGGUCCUCGACUGGCUGCUCGCCAUCUCCGGCCUCUCCUCCGUCUUCACCUGGGCCUCCAUCUGCCUGUGCCACAUCCGCUUCCGCCACGCCUGGCGCGCAAAGGGCCACGGCCUGCACGAGCUCGCCUUCCGCUCACAGGUCGGCGUCACCGGCUCAUACUGCGGCCUCGCCAUGAACAUCCUCGUCCUCAUCGCCCAGUUCUGGGUCGGCGCCUUCCCCGUCGGCUGGGAGAACGAGGAGGCCUCGUGGGUCGCGCGCAACUUCUUUUUGAGGUACGCCGCCUUCCCCAUCGUCGCCAUCUUCUACAUCGCCCACAAGCUCUACUUCCGCACGACCUUCAUCCAGACCGACGCCAUGGACCUCACGACGGGGCGGCGCGACUUUAACCUCGGCAUCCUCGUCGCGCAGGAGGAGGAGGAGAAGAGGACUUGGCCGAGGUGGAAGCGGGUCUACAAGUUUUUGUGCUGA